AAAAAAAAAUGCUGUAUGUCACCUGCCGUCAAAAAAAUGUCAACAACUCUUCUAUAAUUUAACGUAAUUAAUCCAAUAUGUACAUGAUAUUAUUAUAAAUGCUGUAGUUACCAUAAAUAUUAUGAAUGCUAUCCUUACCCUUUGUCAUUUCUGUGAAGCACACGGACCGCGAUCUUUAUUUUGCACGUUUACAACUGAUAAUGACGAACACAUUACGGAACCUUCCAAAGCAAGUGUUCAGUGUACAGGCUGUGCCUCGUUAGGUCCUGAAACUGUUUUAAAAUCUACAGACGACGAUGGCACCAUAUAUUGUAGCAGAGAAUCUGUACCCAGUGCCGACGUUACGUCAUUUCUGAGACAAGCUGCUAUUCGAAGUAUUACCUGUGAAGUAAACUGGAGCAAGGAUGGUGGCAUAGUAUAUUUUAGUGAAGCACAAGGUCAUGUGCUAAGCUUCACAUUCCAGCUGUGCGAUACACGAGCAAGAGGCCUCAAGCGAUGGUUCUCUAUACUGGUGCUUAUGAAAGACAAGAUGUUGCUCUUGAACAUUACUCCAAUGCUCUCUGAACACAUGAAAAACAUAGCUGCAGAGUUACAAAAAUUGGCUGUUGCAGUUUUUGAUGAGGAACAAAAAAUUUGCUCACAGAGGGCAUUGAGGUUAAGAACAGGGAGAAAUGAUUUUGGUCAGUCAAGGUCACUUGUUCAGUUGACAGGAAACAAAGAAAUAUUCAAACUGUUGCACUCACAUUUUUCAUGGAUACUAAAGGCAGGGGCACGUGUGUUUUCUGAAAAUCUAUAUACCAGUCAAGAUUUAUUAAAAAAGAUAAGUCCCAUUAUCCCAAUUCUGGAGUCAAACUCAAGUGUUAUUGAAAGUAAAGCAAAGUACAUCCCUAUGAGAGUUUUGGAGUCUAUGUUAUCAAAUAAUGUGUUCAGAGUAAUGUUAUUCUGUACAUUGACCGGAGUGAAUAUACAAAUGCAAACCAAUUUCAGGGAUCCAGAAGAAAUAUUAAUAAGUUUCAGGAGUUUACUACCAGAAUUUGAUUCAUCAGCCAAACAUAAAAAACCGAAUACAGACCCUUGUAUUAUAUCUGAAAUAGAACAUGGUAAUUUUAUUUCCAAAUGGAUGCAAACUUUACCUGUUAAUUGUCCAACGCUGAUGAAAAAAAUUGAAAUUGCAAUAAAAAAUGAACAUUUUAAUGAAGCAGUUCUUCGCCAACAUGUCUUAUCAUUGGUUUUACAAUGGCAAGGAAUAGCACAAGCUGUAAAAUCAACCAUGAAAUCAUCAGACAACAAAACAGAUUCUGUUAAAUUGAAACAAACACUCGGUGUAGCUCAGUAUGAUGAAACAUUACUUAAAUAUUGGAUGGAUGCAUUCUGUAAAUAAAAUGCCGAUGUGUAGUUAUUUAACUAAUAUUUUCUGAAAUAAUUAACUUAUUUUUGUAUUUAUUUUUAAGGUGUUAUACAAAGCUGAAUGUUCACUUAAUAAUAAAAAUGUUUACUAUUACCUAC